UGUGUGACAGCGGGAGUAAAACAUCUGUUUGCAUGAAAGCAAUUAGAUGAAGUAAAAACCGAAAGACUUGACCGAGCUGCAUCUGUGUGAUGGGAGGCGAGACCCACAGAUCCUCAAAGGAAACAGCCCACACUCUAAUUAAAAUCCUGCUUCUCUGUUUACAUUUCUGCACAAACAUGAACAUACAAAGAAGAGAACAGCAGAUGUGUUUUUGUGCUGUCUUUCUCAUGCCACCAUGCUUUUUUAGGUUAACUGCAGGUAGAAUAAAUGAUUUAGCAAUAGAAUAAUGUAUUCCAGCGAUAUAAUAUCUAACUGAAAUGCUGCUCCUUCCAUAUGAGCUGCAGCCAGAAGCACAUUUUGACUGCAGGAAUAAAAUAUCUUAGGACUGAUUGCAUGUUGGGCACACCCUUGAAGUUUGUAAAAUAUAAAUAUAUACUUAAAGAAACAACCAAACACACCUGAUUUUGUUUACAGAAGAUGUAACCACAUCUGAAUCUUAUUUAUUGGAGGAUCUUAGCUAUUUUCAAGUGCUUUAGACCACACUAACAACGCUAAUUCUUCAAAUUUAAUCAACUCCAAAAUGUCCAUUUUAAAGCAACUCAGAAUUCCUAAGGGCCAGAUAAUACUUGCUUUUAAUGACGUAUUAUCACGAUAAGAUAAGAGACACGAUAAGAGUCAAAAAUUUUGAUAACGAUAAAUUAUUGAUUUAUUGCCCAGCCCUGGUGACUCUGUUUCUGAUUUAGAGGUUUUUCAUAUAUUCACGAUACUGUUGCUGUCUUUUUUUCUGCCGUGAUCUCAAUAUUAACCAGUAACUGAUCUGUUUUAUAGAAGCCAUGUUGUCUCUAUCCGGCCUGAGUUUUCUAGUGUGCCCCUUGUGGAAUCCUCCAGCACUAGAUGCCAUGCAGUGAAGUGUAGCAGGAAAAAUAUGAACAAAGACGCUGCCUGCACAAGUGUGAGGUUAAAAAGCAAGUAAAUUCAGGCCUUUACUUCCCCAUCGUUUCAUGCAAACAUAAUUUUUUUUAAACUUUUUCAAGGCACUGCAUGGGUAUUUUGGCAAACAGAAGAAUUCCUGCAAGACUAGUCCUCUGAAUGCACCAGAUGUUGUGGCUAGUUAUAUUUAUGCUAGCAAAUAACCAUAGAAUCCCUUGUAAAUAACAACAAUGUGGUGUAAAGGUUUGUAAAUAACUUUGCAUCGAUUGAUGUGAAAUUUUUGAGAUACUUGAUUUAGGAUAACAUCAUUCAGAUUACCCAUUAGCUCAUCAGCCCUGUUGAUUGUAAACUCUAUUUCUUCAAACAUAGGCUGUAGAUAUUUACAACUCUAGGAUAGUACAUUUUUAUCAACUUUUACACAUAAAUUCUUCAAAAUGGCUAAAAUAGCUAAGAAGCCAAUUACAUUUGAGACAAACUAUUAACACAUUUAUGGAUAAUUUAUAAAAGGAUGUUUUGUGCUUUUCAUCAUCUUAAGGCAUGCAGAGAUUUUAAAUUUCUCAUCAGCUGGCCAGCAUGCUUUUUGACUUUCAAAUAGGUUUAUGACAAAUAAUUGAAUUCAUUCAUUUUAUGAAAUGCUUAUUCUGUCAUAGGGAGCUGGUGCCUGCCUCCAGUAAUUGGGCGAGAGGCAGGGGACACCCUGAACAGAUCACCAGUCCAAUGUAAAUCUACACAUGGAGAUGAAUAACCUUCCACACACAGUCAUGCACACCUAGAGCUAAGUCAGAACUGCCAUUCAACCUUAAAGUUUUGGAACUCUGACAAACUAGUUUAAUGAUUAAUUCUGACCAGUCACUGUGAGUUUUUUAUGCUGGCUGAACAUGAAAAUAGUCUCCUACACCUAUCUCCUGCAUUAGCUUCUGAAUGAAAAUAGACAAUGAAACUCAAGGAUUUGAAAACCCAGACAGAUCUACGUCACACUGUCACUUAACAUUCAUGGACUCACCCAUCUUGACUCACGAUGGGGAAGGCUGUUUGUUGGCUUAGCGUCCCGAAAUCAGCAGCUAGCUGUUAGCAUUAGCAACAGAACCACAGAACUCCUCCAGGCUUGUGCUGUUUGUGGAGAUGGAACAUUUAUGUGGCAAGUCAGCAGUAGAGUUACGUUGCUGUUAUCCAAUUCGAGGCAAAAUAUCAGAUUCUGUCAUGUUGUGCCACUCUGCUGCUGCAGACUUGUCCAUGCCAAUCCAAGCACUUCUGGGCUUUUUUUGCUCUGAGUACAGCUUGCAAGGCAUCCCUAGGGACCACUGCAAAUGUAUUGAUUAAAGGAGUUUCCCACACCUUUAACAUGUAUGUUUUUAGAGAAAACCUACACAUGCAAUGAGAACAUGCAAACUCCACAGAAGCAAAGCUGCAACUUCACUGCUGCAAGGUGCUCUUCACCACCAUGCAGCCCAACAACCAAAUUAUGAUUAUUAUUGCAUUAUAAGAAUAUUAUUGACUAUCCGUGCAUCAUUUACUUGUUCUAUUUUACAUUUUUAAGAAUAAAGUGUGUGUGCAACUCAGAAUGUCUAUUAAUGCAAUAACAGUCCAAAGCAGCAGCUCUGACUUGCAAGUGACUUGACAGAUGCACUGUGCUUCUCCUCCUCCACUGAUUCAUUCGAUCACAUCUCUCCAUAAAAACAGACACGACUUUUCCAUUCACUAAAAAGCAGCAGACCUCACACCCGUUGUGUGAACUGAGGGGGUGGUGCAGCUGAAAUGCUGCCCCGGCUGAGCCGCACAGAGCAGUGGUGGGCUGGUGGUGAAGGAGGGGAACUGCUGCAGAGCGGCACCGCUGUCAGGAAACAGAAGCCCACUCCGAGUGCAGCUCGCCUCAACCAGCUGGAGGACGGUCCUUCUGUUUGAUUUACCAUGACAACCGAAUCAGGCACAGACUCGGAGGCCAAGCAGCCACAGGAGAACCAGGAGAAGAGGAAAGCAAAAGCAGCAGCCGAACCCAAAUCGCCCCAGAACCAACCGGAGCAGCUCCCAGCCGCCGCCGGACACAGCACCCCGGCCAGGAAAGGACAGCAGGAGGAGGACCAGGAGUCCCACAGGUCGUCCACCAGUCGUCUGUCCAAGUCUCCUCUGAGAGGCGUCAAGAAGGUGAAGAUCAUGCAGUGUAAGAUCACUCUGCUGGACGGCUCUGACUUCACGGUCAACGUGGAGAAACGGGCCAAGGGUCACGUGCUUUUUGAUAAAGUGUGUGAACACCUAAACCUGCUGGAGAAGGACUACUUUGGAAUCACACACAGAGACAUAGAGAAUCAGAAGAAUUGGUUGGAUCCUUCCAAAGAGCUGAAGAAGCAGAUCAGAACUGGUCCCUGGAACUUUUCCUUCAAUGUGAAGUUUUACCCUCCAGACCCCAUGCAGCUGAUUGAGGACAUCACAAGAUACUACCUGUGCUUACAGCUGAGGGAUGAUAUUGUUUCGGGUCGCCUGCCUUGCUCAUUUGCCACCCACACGCUGCUGGGUUCGUACACGGUGCAGUCCGAACUUGGAGACUACGACCCGGAGGAGAUGAGCAGCGAAUAUGUCAGUGAGCUGCGCUUCGCACCAAACCAGACCAAAGAGCUGGAGGAGAAGGUCGUGGAGCUCCAUAAGACCUACAAGGGGAUGACACCAGCUGAAGCAGAGCUGCACUUCCUGGAGAACGCCAAGAAGCUGUCCAUGUAUGGUGUCGACCUCCAUCAUGCCAAGUUGGUAGGGAAUCUCUAUGAAAGCUUGGCUCCAUCUGAGGGAGAGGACUCGGAGGGUGUGGAGAUAAUGCUGGGCGUCUGUUCGAGCGGCCUCCUCAUCUAUAGAGACAGGCUGCGGAUUAACAGAUUCGCUUGGCCCAAAAUCCUCAAGAUCUCCUACAAGAGGAACAACUUUUACAUCAAAAUUCGACCCGGAGAGUUUGAGCAGUUUGAAAGCACGAUCGGUUUCAAGCUCCCAAACCACCGCGCUGCCAAAAGGCUAUGGAAGGUCUGCGUGGAGCACCACACCUUCUUCAGGCUCGUGUCUCCUGAGGCGCCCCCGAAAAAGUUCCUAAGCCUCGGCUCCAAGUUCCGCUACAGCGGCAGGACGCAGGCUCAGACCCGCAGGGCCAGCGCUCAGAUCGGCAGGCCGGCCCCGCUGUUCGAACGCACCUCCAGCAAACGCUACAACAUGUCCCGCAGCUUAGACGGAGCACCCAUUAUGGAGAACCACGAGACCCCGGCCAAGGACGGCACCGCUGACGGCGCUGCCAAAGUCAUUGCCAAGGGGGACAUCAUCACCACGGUAACGACAGAGAAAAAGGCAGAGGAGCAGGGGGAGCAGGAGGAUUUUAAGAAAGAUGCCACAGAGACGACGGAACCGGCCACUCCCCUCAGACUCGACACAAAGCGCUCUCAUGUGUACACAGACGACCCCCUCCGCUCCGAGCUCUCGCUCCCUUCAUCUCCCGCUUCAUCCAGCAAAGUGCGGCGCAGGCGCAGGGAGAGCGCUCGUAAGCGGGCCUCGUCCGUCAGUCCAGUCAAGAGCAGCACUGGUUGCCGGCGGCUACAGGCCCACGCCGACCGCAAAGCCGCCCUGUUGGAGGAGCAGGCGCUGUUGCUCUCAGCCCGCAAGCAGAGGCUGGAGCAGGGGAAGCAAUGCGGUGGCACGCUCUUCUCCUUCUCCCUGCACCUGCCCGACUUGUCCUCCAUCCUGGAUGAAGACGGCUACCUCACCUUCCCCGAUCUGUCUGAGAUGCGCUUCCUCCCUGAGUGCGCACAGAACUUCCUCCCCAUUAAAUCCCCGUCUCUCAUCCCCUGCUUCCUUUUCAUCUUCUUCUUCCUGCUCUCCACCUCCUUCUCCGUUCCCUACGCUCUCACCCUCUCCUUCCCUCUGGCGCUGUGCCUCUGCUACCUGGAGCCCAAGGCAGCCUCCCUGACCGCCUCCAUAGCCCAGGGCUACCAUGACCAUGACAGUUCAGAGGAAGAGGAGACCGACAGCGAGCAUACGGACUUUGCCUUUGAUGGAGAGAUGACGGCAACAGAGUAUAGUUUCAUAAGACGAGUAAAAGGGGAAAACGUCUUUAUCAGACAUAGUAAUCUGAUGCUAGAGGACACAGAGCCCCCUCCAGAUGUGGUCAAACACCAGACGAAUGUCAGCGAACUGAAGCGCUCCUUCCUGGAGACCGGCGGCGGCGGCACGCCAGGUCUGACCGAAUGGGAGAAGAGACUCUCCUCGUCGCCUCUGCGCUCGCCCAGAGGAGAUGAAGCUCCAAUGAUCGAGCCGCUGGAGCCGCAGGAUACUGAAGACGAGCUGCCUGUUGGAAACGAGACCAAAGACGAGGUGGGACCCAAAGGCACUGUGGCAGCGGGAUAUCUGGUGAAAUACGUUGCGGGUAGUAUUAUAACUGAUGGGGCCACCUCCUCUGGGCCUCACGGCAUUAGUUUGUCAACCACUAUGGACGACGACGUCUUCGUGGACGGAACUCUGAGGGAUGGGGUGGAAGACAAAACCCCAGACUCCCAUGAGGAGGUGCUGGUGGUGAAGGUCAGCCCGGGAGCUGUGAGACAGGAAGUGUCCCAGGCCAUCAGCGACAAGAAAGGCACGCUAAUCAUCUUCAGGGAGGCGGAGGAUAAAACGGACGACGAGGACAACGAGACGGCCGUCCCAGAGGAGUUAGAAACCGGCGAGAAAGAUGCAGAAACUUUUAAAGAAGACUCUUCUGUUGAUUUAAAAAGCCAAGCUGCUGCGGUCAAGAUUCUGAGCUCAAAGGUGGAGAUUAAAACUGGCGAUGAGACUCAGAUUAAAGGCAUCGACUCGCCUAAGAAAGCCAUGGUGUCGUGGAUCUCUGAGGAGGAGACGGUUACAGAGGUCACCGGGGUGAAGGAGGUGGACGAGAUCAACACUUCCAACGGGCUCCAACAGGAGGCAGAAAUCUUCACCUUCGAAGAGGUCCAGUCCAGUCAGCUGAAGUCUAAUCUGACUCAGAUUACAGUUUCUGAACCCUCAGCUGCAGUGUCCACACUCGGAUGGGUCUCUCCCUCCCAAAAGGCACCGGCUGAUCAGGAGGAGAAGGAGGCGGUUGUCAGGGAAACGGAAACUGCAGCAGCCAAGCAGACGAAUCUCAACAGCGUCGAGGUAGCUGCCAACGACACGCCAGUGGUCCACACGGAGACGAAAACCAUCACCUAUGAGGCUGCUGAGGUGGACAGGAACGGAGAUGCAGACCCCGGCGUGCUGCUGAGCGCUCAGACCAUCACCUCAGAAACAACCAGCACCACCACGACCACACAUAUCACAAAGACGGUUAAAGGAGGAAUAUCAGAGACGAGAAUCGAGAAAAGGAUCGUCAUCACUGGAGACACAGACAUCGACCAUGAUGAGGCUCUGGCUCAGGCCAUAAAGGAGGCUAAAGAGCAGCAUCCAGACAUGUCAGUGACCAAGGUAGUCGUACAUAAAGAGACAGAGAUCACGCCAGAGGAGGGUGAGGACUGACCCAGGAAUAACACCCAGGAGCUGCUUCUCUCUUCCACCUCCCAGAGGCCAACGCUCACAACUCCACUCACGUCGGGACUCCUGCUCUCCAAACGCCGCAGCUCGCUGCUAAGACGCUACCAUCGCCUACAAAACAGUUAGAUGCAUUCUGCAUGAGAAGGGCACGUAGUUGCAUUCCCAAACAUGACAAAAUAAUCCAGAAAAACCAUCCGAUUUUUAAAUAUAUGGUUCUCGAUCCGUCUGCACGCCAAAUCCCUGUGCAGCAAGCAAACUGUUUGCUUCCACUGCCUUAUGACUGAUGCUUUUUUUAAUGAUUACUGAGGAUAAUUAUUGUAGCAACAUUUUAUUUAUGAAUUAAAGCCAUUACUCCAGAAACUUGUAAUUGCUGUAGGCUGUACAUGUUAGAGAGCAAACACUAUUUAACCUCGCCGUAGAAGAGUUCACCUCGUUUUGCAAAACCAAGCAUCGCUUGAGUCCUUCGAGCAGCCGAAUGAGUUCUCCAUCAGGUGUGCUACUACAGCUGUCUCUGCACCUCAGCACUGUACAUAUCAACUCCCCCCAGAAACUGCUCAUGAUCUUUUUAAAGUUGAUUUUUGUCGUGUUUGACUUUCAUUGUAAUAUUUUAUUGUUUCAUUGAUUGCUUACACCACUGCAUUGUUUUUGUCACAAGGUCUACGUUGGCUGAAGCCAAGGAAUCAAUAAAAAGGUUUUGUUUUUUACGUGCCUGUGCAGGCUUUGAAUGUUUUCUAGGGUAGGUCGGCUCCAGUACAAGUACCACAUAUGUGUGACUGUGAGGCAAAGGGCUCAGACAGCCGAGUUCUGCCCAAACGAGGUCCAAAGCCAAGAGAGAUCAGACGCCCGCGCCACCUAACAAUACUCUGUGUCCACUCUGGGCCUCCUCUGUGUGUCUGAAGGGUGGGAAGAAAGUGACAAAUGCAUUUAUUCUUGAUUUGCUGUUUUCCUCUGAAAUAAUAAAGUGACCACUGUACAAAAACUUA